AUGAAGCUCCUCUCAUGGAACUGUAGGGGGUUGGGAAAACCCUCUGCAUUUAGAGCUCUUAGAAAGCUCAUUAAGGUCAAUUGCCCUGAUGUUGUUCUCCUUAUGGAAACCAAAUUGUCUGAGUCAGAUCCCAAAGUUAAGUCCCUCUUGUCUUUUGGUCCCCUUACUAAUAUGUUCAUGGUUAAUUGUAAUAUUAGCAGUAGGAAUAGAUCUGGGGGGUUGGCUUUGAUUUGGAAUAAUACUGUAAACAUUGAUAUUUUAAAUUUUAAUAAAAUGAUUGUUGACUGCUACAUUACUCCUUGUAAUGAUAAUACUCAUUUGUAUGCUACUGGCUUCUAUGGAUCUCCUUAUCAUAACUCUAAACACCUCACUUGUCAGACAAUUAAGGAUUUAGCCUAUUACAAAAAUCAUGAUAAAAGGUUGAUUAUGGAUAGCUCUGAAAAACUUGGUGGUAAUGAUAUUAAUACUCCUUUCACCAGUAUGUUUAAUAAUACUCUUAGACAAUAUGACUUAAAUGAUUUAUAUUAUAAUCGUUAUAAAUUCACAUGGGCUAAUCAUCAAGACAAUCGUAAUCAUAUUCAAGAGCGCUUAGACCAUUUUUGUGCUAAUUUUAAUUGGAUAUCAUAUUUGCCUAGGUAUUGUAAUCAUCAUCUCCUUACAUACAUAUCUGAUCGUGCACCUAUCAUCCUAGAAUUCUACAAUCAGGCAGAAAGCAAGCCUAUUUACCAGCACCACAAAAUUAAGAGGUUUGAACAUAUCUGGAUUGAAGAUCAGGAAUGUAAACAAAUUAUUGAAGCCAGCUCGAACAAUUCUUUAGGAUUCAGCACUGAUAAGUUCAAGGAUGUCCUUAACCAAUUAGAUAGAUGGGGUCAAAAUAAGUUUGGAAAUAUCUCAACUAAAGUGAAGUAG